AUGGCUCCCGAAGUGGAAUCAAGCAAUGGCGUUGCCGCGACCGAACAGACGCCACUUCUCCGGGAUAACCGUGACGGAGGCGCGGCAGAGGCCCAGAAUAGAGGAGCAGUGGCUUCUGAGGAGACGCCCAUUGUCAAGGAACCAACGACGAAGGAAUUGGUCCUGAUCCUUGGUAGUAUUUGGCUGGGAGUAUUUCUAGCUGCCUUGGAUACCACGGUCGUUGCGACACUUUCUGCCCCCAUAUCAUCCUCGUUCAAUUCAUUGUCUCUUCUGUCUUGGCUUGCGACGUCUUAUCUGAUCUCCAAUGCCGCCUUCCAGCCUCUCAGUGGCAAGCUCACCGAUAUAUACUCCCGCCGCGCAGGCCUGGUGGUGUGCAAUAUCCUCUUCGGGCUUGGAAACCUGCUAUGUGGUCUUGCCAAAAGCCAAGGGGCCAUUGUAUUCGGCCGCGUCGUCGCCGGUAUGGGUGGCGGUGGACUCACCGCAAUCUCGACCUUUGUCACGUCGGAUUUGGUACCACUGCGCAGGCGAGGCGUCUGGCAGGGCAUUGGAAACAUCUGCUACGGAGCUGGCAGUGGAUUGGGAGGAGUUUUCGGCGGGUGGAUUAACGAUACCCUGGGAUGGAGAUGGGCCUUCUAUAUCCAGGUCCCUUUCCUCGCGGUCUCUUGCAUUUUGGUCUCGCUCAAGGUGAAAGUCCCUGCGAAAGAGACAGAUAAGUCACGGAUCAAGCGGAUUGAUUUCCUUGGGGCUAUCACUCUAGUCAUCACGCUGGUUCUGCUGCUAUUGGGUCUGAAUGCUGGCGGUAACCAGGUCCCGUGGACACAUCCCCUGGUUCUGACUACCAUUCCGCUGUCACUGGUUUCGUUGGUGGUGUUUAUCUAUAUUGAAGACAGAGUGGUGUCCGAGCCAGUCAUUCCAGUCCGACUACUCCUGCACCGGACAGUUCUAUCUGCUUGCCUGGCGAACUGGUUCGGUACGAUGUCCGUCUUCGGUUUGCUUCUAUACCUGCCGCUUUAUUUCCAGGUGCAAGGUUACUCAGCGACAGCCGCGGGCGUGCGACUGAUUCCACAGGCCAUUGGCACUGCUCUAGGCUCUCUGGGCUCGGGCAUUCUGAUGCGAGUCUACGGCCGUUAUAUGAUCUUCAACCAUCUCCUCAUGUUCUUCCUGGUCGGAUCAUCCGCGUUGAUAUGCACCUUUACUUUCUCCACGCCUGCUUGGGUGCCGUUCAUUUACUUGUUCUUCCUCGGUGUGGGCUACGGUGGUAUGCUCACUGUGACGUUGGUUGCUCUGAUCUCCGCCGUCGAGCACCAGUACCAGGCCGUCAUCACGUCUGCCUCGUAUGCCUUCCGUAGUACAGGGAGUACUAUUGGAAUCACCAUUGCCUCUGCCGUCUUCCAGAACGUCCUCAAAUCUGGACUGUGGUCUCGGUUUGGUGACAAAGAAGGUGCUGGUGAACUGAUUCCAAAAAUCAGGGACAGUCUGGAUGAGAUCCACAAGCUUCCUGCUGACUGGAGGCCCGGUGUGAUUGAAGUGUACAUGGAGGCUCUUCGCGCCGUGUUCAUCACACUGCUUGGGCUCAGCAUUCUCGGGGCCCUAUCAAGUGUCGCUAUGCGAGAGCACAAGCUUCACAACAACCUAGAGAGACGAGACGCACAGGAGAUGGCUAUCGGUCUCUGUGCGGAUCUCCAAGUGAUACCGCAGGACCAGAAGAGUGUCAAGAGGGUGUGCAUUCGCGAGAGGGCCAUCGACCAAGAUAACGACGACGACCACCUCGACGAGAAUGGCACCAGUAGUGCAAUACUUAUCAAUGGAGAGCACCAGGAGACAGACACGGCGACCGGCCGUCGCAGACGACUCCUCUUGUCGACGGACAGUGCUUUCGUGGAUACCAUCCUGCCCUCCCUCGUUCAGAACCCGGAUGUGGAACUACGAUUGAUCACAGACGAACCAUCCGCCUUGCUCGCCGGUGCGAAUAAGAUCCCGCAUUACAUGGAUUCGGUGGAAAGUCACACUUUCGAGAGGAAGACUGGGCCGCGGAGGUGGCUGAGGGCGAAAGCCGCAGAGCUCUGUGACUGGGCGGAUAUGCUCAUUGUCGCCCCUAUAGAUGCGGGCACCUUAGGGUCGAUGCUCUCCGGCCUGACGAAUACUCUGACGUUGGCAUUGUUGCGGGCGUGGGAUUCUACAAAGUCUGUGGUAUUGGUUCCGGGCAUGACGUUGCAGGAAUGGAAGAAUCCAUUGACCAAACGGCAACUGAGGGAUAUCGAGACGUAUUGGCCUUGGGUCAGUGUCAUUGCUCCUAUCUUGUGGAAGUCCGUGAGCCCGGACGAACUGGUCCAGGUGCCCUGGGAUGGCUUGGGGGUUUUCGACGAGGUUAUCCGGAAGGCACUCGGACUGUCCUCACCCGACACACAAAAUAAUGGACGAACAGAUCGUCCAGGAGACGACGCAGUUGAGAAGAAUGUUGCAAAGGAUCUUAUGCAGACGCCCUUAGAUAAAUCUAGGGCCCAAAUGCAGAAGCGCCUUGAGCAUCCUACAAAUGGAUCUGGCAGGGCUGAGGGCCCGCGCUCAUUACCGCUGGAGCUAUGGUUGAGCAUCUUCGAAGACCACCUGCGGGACUGGGAAAUCGCCAAAGCCGUCGGCAUCCAGACGAAUCUGCCAGUUCCAAAGGAGUGGCAGUCGCACGUCCUCAAAAUGUCAACGCCAGCAUCCCUUGAGUACACCAUUCUCAGAGGCUCAUUCACAGCCAUCAAGUCCCGCAUCGAAGCUUUACCUCGCUGGAAGCCGUUGUCAGAUCUUGCAUGCCAUCUGAUAUUCAAGUUUUCUCGAACCGAUAUCCUCACCUACCUUGCCGAAAACCACCUUGAUCUUUUCUGGACCACUACCCGCCUGACCAAUCUUCCUUAUCGUGCCUCUGCCAUCUACGGGAACCCUACCAUCCUGACGUGGUGGCGUGACGCUGCUGCUCUCCCGACGAAAGAAUACAUUGCUGACGCGGUUGACGGAGCAUCUCGAGCUGGCUUCGUUAAUGUGCUAGAAUGGUGGCGUACAUCUGGUCUGCCACUUCGAUACACCGAACGAGCACUCGAAUCUGCAAGUGCGGAAGGCCGCGUUAAUGUCCUUGAAUGGUGGAAGAACGCCUCUGCAAAUGCUCCGCCCUCGCGACCAAUUCCUCUCAAAUCCGGAAAAUCCGUACUCCUCGCCGCCCAAUCUGGUAGCACGGCUUCUAUAGCUUGGUGGGAUGCUUCUGGUAUUCCCUAUACACAUACGGAGUCCGUUGCUCGCAUCGCCAGCACACACGGACACGUUGGGGUCCUCGACCUUUGGUUCCGUCUUAAGGGACCGAAGAUGAUUUUCGAUAACCAGGUCCUUGUCGGUGCAACAAAGAAUGGACACGACGACGUUCUCGAGUGGUGGCGACGCAGUGGACUACGAGUAGAGUUCAAGACCUGCGACAUUGAAGAAGCCCUUGAAGACGCGGAUCCAUCUUCGGGGGCCGAACAACGAGUUCGGGAAUGGUGGGCGCGGAACGGACUCAACUUGGGUGUUGGCACAGUUGAAUGGAUGAAGGUUAAAGUCCUGUGA